UUAAUUAACGUAAGUCAAUUGCAAUCUCGACAUACCAAAAGAAUUUAUCUAGGAAUACGUUUCAACUUCACUGAAAACUAAUGAUGUAUCGUCGAGGCGGCCGUACUCCACUCGGCAAUGUGAGACGCCCAGCUACGAGACGUAGGCCUAGGCCUAGCCACCCUCCUGCUCCUGCUGCUCCUCAUGGCGAUAGUGGCAGUAUUAUCAUCAUUGAUGAUGAUGACGAUGAUCGCACGACCAUCGACUUGACAUCUGAUGACACUCCUCAAAGGAAAACCUACAGAAACAAUGGGGUGAUCGACUUAACAAGUCCAAACUCACAUUUGCCAGUAGUUAUAGGACAACCGACUCCAUCACGCAGAUCGCCAAGAAAUCGCCGAAACGUUGCUCGCAUCAUCAGCUCAGACUCUGACAGUGACGAGCUCCCCGACUUAAACCACAGCUACAACAGAAGUGAUUCACGUGCUGGCUCCCCUGAUCUUUCACUUGUUACCCCUGCUGAGAAACCAAAAGUAGGAGACGCGGCAUCAAGAUCCACAAGAAGUCGACCUGAAGAGUCACCAUUUGAUCAAAUGGCAAUCUGCCCCAUUUGCUUUGACAACUAUCAAGCGAUCCGAGCGAGUCAUCGGAAGGUCUAUUCAACAGUCUGUGGACACAUUUUCUGCAAUGAAUGUAUCAAGGUUGCUAUCCGAUCUCAACACAGGUGUCCAACGUGUCGCAAGAAAUUAACCCUUUCUCAAACUCAUCCGGUAUUUCUUGGAUUUUAAUAAAGACAGUAAAUGGAAGCUAAUCAAAGUUCAUAAUCACGUCGUGAUUCGUUUGGUAGACAGUGUGUGUAUCCCUGCUAUUCCCGGUUUCACUAUCCGUGCAUAGCAAGUUGGCAAGUGUUGAUCUUGUCUCUCACUGCUGUCAGUGAUGCAGAACUGAAGGAAAACUAGUCACAUUGAAUCUCAAUUGUUUGUUCAAAUCUUCUCCAAACUGAAUGGGAGUCAGUGAACUCGUGGCCCUGUCAAAGGUUUACUCUUGAUUCACAUGUGGACAUAAGAAUGUACAUUGUCAUUCCAAAAUUGUGGCUUCACAGGUGGCCAUGAAUUAUGAAAUGUGACUACAUUGUUAUCUCAGAUGGAGAGGAACAAAUCUUCAGACCAUCAGUUCUAUGGUCAGACCCAUUUUCAGCUUGAGGUAUGGAGACAGUAUGUGCUUUGCAUGGAAGUGUCUGAUAUGUCAGUGCAGGAAAAGACACUUGAGUUUUUUUCUUCAUUCAAGUUUUAAAUUUACUUUUCAUUAGUUUCAUUGUAUUAUUUUUCCUUUUCUCCUCAAAUUGCCUACCCGUACUAUGAACCCCUGUGUUCUAGACUACCUAUAAUUAUAGUAAAUACUGCGAGUCAUCGGUCACUAAGUGGGUAAUAGCCAUGUUUGUAGGCUUAUGUUAAUGUCAUAAGCCUGAGGGGCGGGUUAUGCAGCUUAUGAAUGGUGUAGACUAUUGGUUGUCCAUGCCAUUCAUUAAUUUACAAUGAAAGUGGCCAUCAGCGUCCCACAUAUUGACCAACGAUCGUUUAACGUAAGAAUUCAAGAAUGCUCUUGAUUGGCUCACAUGGUCUCCUCCAUGAUGGCACGAUAGAGUCCAAUCUUAUUUGUUUUAGUCAAUGAAUCAUUGUUUUCCUUUGAUCAGCAAAAGUAGUCUCGCUCAUGUGUUGUGAUCUGUGACCAGCCUUGCUCAAAUCAAAGUGGAAGUAUUUCCUUCAAUCAGCUGAUAAACAAACUAGUAAGAAUGUUUCACUACCACGGCCAGCAUGUGUUAUGCAUGCAACAAAAGUUGUCUACGCAGGCUCACUCAUUGCCAAAUUGUAAAUAUGUUGAUUAUCAUUCCGAGUUAUUAAAUUAGAUCAACAAAUAAUAAAGGCUUAAUCAAUUCUUGAUAUGUUAUUUUGAA